AUGGAAGUGAACCUCGGAGAGAAGGAGUUGCAGCGAGCGCAAUCCUAUCUGGAGGAGGAAAGGAAGACGAUGAUGCGAUUGAAGAGUGCGAUCGAGGACCUGAAAAAGGACCAAACGCGUCAUUCGGAGGUUCUUAGAGAGAACAGGAACCUGAAGGAGGAUGUGGAAGCGAACGCCAGGAGGAUCGAAUGGAUCGACGACGAACUUCGUGCGUCUAAACGGAUGCUCGGCGACAGAGACAGACUGAUUUCAGACAAAGAUCGUGCGACGACCAACCUGAAGAAGGAAAUCGCCGAUCUGAGAGACGAACUUCUUGCCGGAAAAGGACAAGGUGGCAACAGCCAUGAAGGAUCGCAGCGACGCGAGAUUUCGAGACGAACUUCGUGCCGAAAUGGAAAAGCUGGCAACAGCUUCCAAGGAACACAGCGACGACGACGCAAGACGUUCGGCGAUUCUCGAAAAGAUAAAAGAGGAUCAGCAACUGGCGACUCGCGAAGUGGAGACUUCCAAAGACAGUUAACGACGAUCGGUCGCGAAGAAGUUGGAAGAGAGCGAGAAGGAGGUCGACAGUCUGAAGGAAUGGUUGGAUGUAACGGAGAAGAAUCACGAAGCGAACCUUCGCGAACGGAGGUUGCCGUUCUUAAGGAAAAGCUGGCCGAGGCCGCCCGAAAGGAGUCUUUGCUGAGGAAGGAUGUCGAGAAAUUAACCGCCCUGAAGGAUGAGAACGAGAAGGAGAGUAGGAGGAUGGAAAAGCAGCAUUCCGACAAAGAUCGCACGGCGAUCGACUUGCGGAACGAGAUCGACACCAUGGAAGAGAAAAUGAAACAGAACGGAAGUAAGACGGACGAUCAAAAGACGGCCUACAAAGAAGAGAUUGAAAGAAACAUGAAAAGGAUGAAAGAGUUGGACGCUACGAUCGCGAAGAAGAUUCGAGAAGCGGUCGGUCUCGAAGACGAGAUCUCCGUCCUCAAAGAAGGGAAGGAAUUUGACCGACGGAAGAUAAAUGUGUUGGGGUGCACCUCGCUAACAAGAGACGCGAGGCGACCGUUCUCAAAGACGAGAUAG